GCAAAAAGACAGACCGACCCCACAGACGACCCGCUCGAGUUCUCACGCGAAGUCGUGCGCUCUAGUAGCGUUGCCAAACCCCUUCCCGGCCGCCACCGCGGGGACGGCGGCCGGAUGCGCCCCCUCCACGCCGCGGCAUGGCCGUGCGCACUCCACCACCUCCUCCUCCUCCUCCUUGCCUGUGCGUUACAAUCGCCGGCGGCGACGAGCUCCGAUGCCGCCGUCGGCCGCGCGGAAUGGCAUGUCCUGACCAGGGCCAACUUCUCCUCCCAGAUCCGGCUCCACCCGCAUGUCCUCCUCGUCGUCACGAUGCCCUGGUAUGGUGAGUCAAGAUCACUGAUGGCUGAAAUAGAACGUAUGGUUGCUGCUGACGAGCAGGAGCUUGGUCUCCUCAAGUUGAUGGUUGUGUACAGAAAUUCUGAGAAGUUGCUGACGGAUGCUAUUGGUGCCACUGAAGGAAUAAAGUUCCUAUACUACCAACAUUCCGUGCCAUUCAAAUAUCAAGGGAAGCUUCGUGUACGGGAUAUACUGUCUUCAGUACGCUACAUCAUGUCACUUAAGGAGGAGGAGGCCCCGUUUGAGGUUUUGCAUACAAAAGAAGAUGUAGAGAAUUUCAUCGAAUCAACCGAUAAAUCUGUACUCCUUUAUGAAUCCUGUGGAUGGUUCACCAGGUUGGCACAUGAUGGGAACAACCAAAGCAACAAGGCUACUUCAUCAAAAAACCAAACAGAGAAUGUUGAAACAGUUGACAUUUCUGGGAAGACACUAACCAGAGAAUCAGAUGGUCCACUAGAGCUUGUUAUAGAGGAUGAAGAGCUAACCUUUGGAGGUGGGGGUCAGCUUACUGGUUCUCCUUGGCAAGGUGGAUUUACCUUAGCAAAUGAAAGUGUCUCUGAUCAAAUUAAAAACACAAACGAUGGAAAUAGAAAGCUGUGUACAGUGGAAAGGUUCCAUCAGUUUGAAAACUUCUAUGCAAAGCUUACUGCUAUAGCAAGAGAAUAUUUUCACCCUCCAGAAAAAGUUCGAUUUGGUCUUAUAACCGAAAGAUCAUUGUUGCCAUCAUUGGCUGUUGUCAAUGAAGUUAACCAGGAGACAUGGUUCGUCACUAUUCAUUAUCUGGGAUGCACAACUUGUUCAGUUAUUGCGAAAGAAGGGGAUGACCUAAGAAGCCUAGUGCAAUCCCAUCAUAGUCUCGGCAUUAAGGAGGUUGAUGUUGAUGAAAGUGAGGCUAUCUUUCCUGCAAAUAGGCCCUCAGUAAUUCUAUUUAUUGAUAGAUUAUCCCACUCUUCAAAACUCAGAGAUGAAAGCAAAUUAUCGCUCAAGUUACUAAGACAGUAUGUGCAAAAUAAUUAUCCAUUUCGUGUCAGUACUGGAGCUCUAAGUAGUAGUACCUCCAAAAUGCACUCAAAAGCUGCCCCUUUGUUGAUGAAAACAGACGCCCAUUCUGAAACAGCAAGGCUGAAUGCUUGGGCCUCUAAGCUUAUGGCACUUGGGGACAAAAUGUCAGUUAUGGCGGUUAAUGAUGGAGAAAGUAUUUCAUACAGAAGUUCUAGCCAAGUUAGUGGUGGUGAUCCUUUGUACGAUAUUCUAACAAAUUUGCUACAUAAAACAAGACCAGGGCAUAGGUCAAAGAAAACAAGGAUAAGUUUAGUUACAAAAGAUGUUGGCCUAAAGCUGCUGUCAGAUGAUUCCAAAAUCCAAGCGGUUGAGUCUCUAUCAGUUCAAGAGAGUCAACAUGAAAGAACUGAUGAUUCGUUUGCCACUUCAGAUAAUUUUAAUGAUGAUAUUGCUGAAGUUUCUGUGGAUGAAAACAAGGCAAGCAAAACUGAAUAUAUUGAUGAUGCACUAGCACCAAGUAUACUUGAGAAAACUCCCGCAACUUACUCUGACGAACAUGCUAAUGAUCUUGAAUAUAAUGUUACAGAAAUGGAGGGUCAAAGCAAAAGUGAAGCCUUGGAUAUGAGCUCUGAUCUUGAAGAAGAGGUCUCCUAUGAUGUGUAUAGCAGUAGUGAAGUUGGAGGUAUAUUGCAUAAACACAAAGAGGAGAAAACAGUUACAGAAGCUUUGGACAUUUUGGAAUCUGAUGAUAUAAACAUACACAUUAACCAAGAGGAAUCAGGAUCACCAAAUGAGCAAGAUGCUGUAUCUUCAGUCCUGGGUAAAAAAUUCAGAAGAAUUGAGGAUGUCAUUGAUGAGGAUAACACAUUCAAUCUAGAUGAAGGAUCAGAAGAAAGUGAUAGAAAAUGCCGCCCUCAUGCAACAUGUAGCUCUUCCAGCAGUUUUGUAAGAGAUGACACGGGGCAGGUAAUUUCAACUAUAUCUGAUGACCGUUUUGCUGGUUCUUUCUACUUCUUUGAUGGUGGUUAUAGGCUCCUGAGAACUUUAACUGGUGGAUCAAGAAUUCCAUCCCUGGUAAUAAUUGAUCCAAUUCAACAAAAGCAUUAUGUCUUUCCUGAGGAAAGUGAGUUUAGCUAUGUUUCUUUACAAAAUUAUUUUGACAGUUUUAUGAAUCGAAAUCUUCCUUCAUAUCACAAUGCUGCCUCAUCGGCUAUAAGUUCAAAGGAGCUUCCAAGACCACCUUUUGUUAAUCACGAUUUCCAUGAGGCAAAUUCAAUCCCUCAGUUGACAACAAAUAGUUUUUGUCCAUUGGUCUUUGGAUUCAGAGGUUGUGAUUCAAAAAAUGAAGUGCCAUUUUCAAACACUGAAAAUAUUACGUCUGGUUGGAACAAAGAUGUAUUGGUGCUUUUCAGCAACUCCUGGUGUGGGUUUUGCCAGCGGGCAGAGUUGGUCGUCCGUGAGUUACACCGAUCAUUUACAAGCUUUAUGAGUUAUUCAGAUUCUGCAGUUGCAAAUGCUCAAGAUUUGCGCAUCAAAGAGAAAAAUGAAGAAUAUAGCAUGAAGGGCUUUCUAGCGAUUUACAUGAUAGACUGCACAUCAAAUGAAUGCCACCAUUUACUAAAAUCUGCAGGCAUGGAAGAGCUCUAUCCUACAUUACUGCUUUUUCCGGCGGAGAACAAAAGCGCAAUAGCAUAUGAAGGGGGAAUGUCAGUGGCUAAUAUAUUCGAAUUUUUGGAGUCUCAUGUGAGGAAUUCUCGCCAUCUAUUUGAAUAUAAAGGAUUUCUGUGGAAGAAGAGAAUGGCAACAAAACAUGAUGCACCGCAUGCAAUUCAAUUUCACAUUGAUGAUAAAAGCUACAGCAGUGUUGGUUAUGAUUUACCAAGUCAUGCAGAUGUCGUUACGGGUUCCAUCCUCACUGCCACUGAGAGGCUAGGGACCACAGUUCCUUUUGAUGACUCCAGAGUGCUCAUUGUAUCAGCUGAUUCUCAAGAGGGCUUCAUUGGCUUGAUCAUCAACAAGCGAUUAAGCUGGGGUGUCUUCAAGAAUCUGGAUGGCUCGAUGGAACCUAUCAAGCACGCCCCUCUUUUCUACGGUGGGCCUGUUGUGGUGCAAGGCUACCACCUUGUGAGUUUGUCAAGAGUAGCCUGGGAGGGGUACAUGCAAGUCAUACCAGGUGUCUAUUAUGGGAAUAUAAUUGCCACAAGCCGGGUAAUCACACAAAUCAAGUCGGGCGAGCAAUUUGUCAGUGACUUGUGGUUUUUCCUAGGCUACUCCGGGUGGGGAUACAGCCAACUUUUUGAUGAACUAUCUGAAGGAUCAUGGCAAGUCAGUGGGAAGCCGAUUGGGCAUUUGGACUGGCCGGAGAGUUGAAAGGACACUCUGGACCUCUGCUGUUUCUCCGAGGAACAUUUUUGGUCAAUCUUGCAUAUAUCUGCUCACACUGCAACGUAACAUUGUACUACACCUUUUGGAUUAGAGACAUAGCACUGCGUUUUCACAGCAUUUUAGCACUGUACUAAGGUCACAAUUUUUUGAUACGGCGUACUUUAUUAUUGAAUCCUGUCUUUGCUGC